AUGGGCGAUCCGAUCCUGGUCUCUCCGAUGCGCAAAGUGAUGAUUCCUCGGCAAUGUCCUCGCGUGGCUGCGCAGGGCUCGGAAGGAGACCGAUGUCCUCUGGACAGCAACUACAUCGUUGCGAAUCUCUGCUCCUAUGUGGACCAGCAGACCGUCAAGCUGCAAGAAAUCCCCGAAGACGUGCCAACCGGCGAGAUGCCUCGGCACAUUUCGUGCGUUCUGGAGCGAAACCUGGUGGAUCGCGCGAUUCCGGGAACGCGCUGCACGAUCGUCGGGUUCAUCGACACGUUCGAUCAGACCAAGCAGCGAAUGGUGGACACCGUCGCGUUGAAAGUGAACUACAUCCGCGUGCUGGGGAUUGAGAGCGAGUCUUCGGGCAUCGGCCGCGCGCUCUCGACGUUCUCUCCGUCCGAAGAGGAGUUCUUCAUCCAGCUAGCGCACUCCCCGAACGUCUACGAGCGAAUCGUGGAGAACAUCGCGCCCUCCAUCCACGGCGAAUACACAGUGGACAUCAAGAAGGCCAUCGCCUGCCAGCUCUUCUCGGGAAGCCGCAAGCAGCUCCCCGACCGCACCCACAUCCGAGGCGAUAUCAACAUUCUCCUGAUGGGAGAUCCUUCCACGGCCAAGUCGCAGUUCCUCAAAUUCGUCGAGAAAGUGGCGCCUGUCGGCGUGUACACGUCGGGAAAAGGUUCGUCCGCUGCGGGUCUCACUGCCAGCGUGGUUCAGGACGCCAGGGGAGACUUCUACUUGGAAGGAGGAGCGAUGGUGCUGGCGGACGGAGGCAUUGUCUGCAUUGAUGAGUUCGAUAAAAUGCACGAAAACGAUCGUGUGGCCAUCCACGAGGCGAUGGAGCAGCAGACCAUCUCGAUCGCGAAGGCUGGAAUCACGACGGUGCUGAAUAGUCGUUGCUCGGUAUUAGCAGCAGCCAAUCCAGUGUAUGGUCGAUACGACGACACGCGUUCGACCAUGGAGAACAUGGACUUUUUGCCUUCCAUUCUCUCUCGAUUCGAUCUGAUUUUCAUCGUUCGGGAUAUUCGGGACUUCAACCGCGAUCUGGAGAUGGCCAAGAACGUGAUGAACGUGCACGUGCAGUCAGGCAAGGUGGACCAAUCAGCCGGCGAGAUUCCCUUGGAUGUGAUGAAGCGAUUCAUCGCGUAUUGUCGCGCGAAAUGCUCGCCUCGCCUCUCCGAAGACGCCUGCAUGGUUCUGGAAAACAACUACAUCGCCAUGCGAGACGAGAUUCGGAAGCAGAGUGCUAUCGAUGGCUCCAAUCCCCCCGUUCCGAUCUCUGUUCGACAGCUCGAAGCCGUCGUGCGAAUCGCCGAAAGCCUUGCGAAGAUGCGAUUGGCUCCCGAAGCCACUGUCGAUGAUGCGAACGAAGCUCUGCGUCUGUUUAAGGUCUCAACGAUGUCUGCUGCGCGCAGUGGCGUAGUGACGAGCGACGUGUUGCCCCCAGAAAUUAAGAGACAAGUGGAUCUGAUCGAGACGAUGAUAAAGUCGAGAGUGGCGAUCGGAUCGCAGAUUGCGCGGUCACGAGUGGUCAAUUCCGAUGAUAGGCAGGGAUACUCGCCGUUCUCGAUUGAGAGAGCGCUGUCUGCGCUGACACGGAGAAAGGACUUUGAUGAGAAGAACCAGGGUCGGAUGUUAGUUCGGUUGCGAUGA